GAGGGAGAAGCAAAGCAGAGAGAGGAGUGAAAGGUAGAUGAGAGAAUAUCAGAUAGAAAGAAAUCAAGAGGCAGAGAGAAGCCCAGGAUUACAGCUCUGCUAUUUCAGCUGUGCAUAUAGAUAGAUUUCUCCUCCAACCUCACAACACAUAAAGGAGUGCAUAUAAAGAGAGGCCAGAGACAAAGAAAAGAAGAAAAGGCAAACUGAGAGGUGCUGGCAGAGAUAGGGAAAAUAGAAUAAGAUUAACAAAAGAAUGUAAGAGAAGAUAGAUAAAAAAGAGUCCAGGAAAAGAAGGGCACAAAUAAUGAAGGGAAGGGAAAGCUCUAUGAAAACUCACACAAAGAUCCACUAAUACACGUCAGUGCCACACAAUGAGACACACAGGGAUCACAGUGGGAAACCUUUUCUGCUUUAGAAUGAGGAGCAGCCCCGUAGGCCGCAUGAUUUGUAUACUUCUUUAGGCAUAAAGGCUUUUGAUGGGCUGUCUCAGCAGUGUUCCAGCCGUCUUCCUUUUUGGUAGGCUGUCCUCUAACACUGUUAUUUCUGCACUCUCGCAGUAUUUCAUUUAUAAUGCGAAGCACCCUCAGCUGUCUCACUAGCAGCUUCUCUGCUAUAAACACUUUGUAAGAAGAAUAUGGCAACUGUCUCAGAGUAGCCUCUUAGCAAUAUUUUGGCUAUUACACACCAAGCAUAUCACUGUGCCAGCAGUCUCAUUAAAUGAGACUUUUUUUGAAUAUCUUUUUUGCUGCACUUUUCCUCACAAUCUUUGCACCCCUGAAACUGUGAAGUCUAUUAGCAGCCUCCGUCAGGAUUUUUUUUUUCUAGAAGCUCUGCUAUUGCUCUCUUUUGCCACAUUCAAGGACCAGCCUCUGUCAUCUGUUUUAAGGAGUUGCCUCUCUGAGUGGGUUUACCGGUGGCCUUUUGAAAAGCAGCCUCUCAGGAAGGUCUCUCACAGCCGUCUCUUUAGCAGCCAUGGCGUUCACCUUUGCAGCGUUCUGCUACAUGCUGACACUCGUCCUCUGUGCUUCUCUCAUUUUCUUCAUCAUCUGGCACAUCAUUGCUUUUGAUGAUUUACGGACAGACUUUAAGGACCCUAUUGAACAGGGAAAUCCAUCCAGAGCAAGAGAAAGGAUUAAGAACGUGGAAAGGGUUUGCUGUUUGCUCAGAAAGCUGGUAGUACCUGAGUAUUGUAUCCACGGCUUGUUCUGCUUGAUGUUUAUGUGUGCUGCUGAGUGGGUUACUUUGGGCCUCAAUAUACCUCUCCUAUUUUACCAUCUUUGGAGGUACUUCCACCGGCCCGCAGAUGGCUCAGAAGUAAUGUUUGAUCCAGUCUCCAUUAUGAAUGUGGACAUUCUGAACUACUGCCAAAAGGAAGCCUGGUGUAAACUGGCAUUCUAUUUGCUGUCCUUCUUUUAUUACCUUUAUAGUACGAUUUACACACUUGUCACUUUUUGAAUAUCGCCUCUUCAAAUCCUUGAAUCCAGAAGACAGAGAAAAGACAACUAAGAGAGAGGUAGAGAUACUUACUGAUAGAAGAAUGAACUGCAGGGAGUUGCUACUCUCCUUGAUUGCGGAUUCCUUUUAUCCUGUAUCUCCUUUUAUUCAGCUCUCUCUCAAUAGCCCUUCUUCUCUCUCUUUAUACCUUCCUCUCUCUUAUAUAUCCCUGACACUUUUUAGACUGCUGCUGGCUUACAGCUUUUAUUUGUCUGUUUGAAGUCUGUGACUUUAUUUCUUUAGAGAAACGUAAAGUUUACUGUCAAUAAAGAAUAAAUAUAUA